CGUGACUCCAUCUCGCAUUUUGUUCCUGCAUUUCAAGCCCUUGUCUACGCAAGUUAUACACUUAAUCCUGUUUUAAUCUCAUUGACGAACGCGCUGGUCGCUCCGUCACAAAUAUUUCUUCACGACACCUUUCCUCGCAUUGUACAGCAUUUCUUGGGUACGCCGUCUCCUGUUAAGGACGAACAAAACAUCUGUCCAACAUGGACCCUUUACCUCCUCAACAACGAAAGAAGAUUCUCCGAGUCCUCUUCAUCUCUUUGCUUCUGGACCUUAUCUCAUUCACAUUCAUCCUCCCGCUCUUUCCCUCGCUGCUCACAUUUUAUCGCAGCCUCGAGACUCACCCGUCCUCGACCCUCAACCGCAUCCUGCAUUACCUGAACGCAUAUAAGCAAUCCUUCGCAGUCCCCAUCAACGAAAAAUAUGACAUAAUUUUGCUCGGCGGGGCACUGGGCAGCCUGUUCUCCCUCCUGCAAGCCAUCGCGUCUCCCAUCAUCGGUCGUGCCUCAGACAAGUAUGGCCGCCGAACCGCCCUGCUCGCCAGCAUGGCCGGUAACAUCGCCAGCGUUGCAUUGUGGUGUGUGGCGGUGGACUUCCGCACAUUUCUACUUUCCAGGAUAGUCGGCGGUCUGAGCGAGGGCAAUGUGCAGCUCGCUACGGCCAUAGCCACCGAUAUUAGCACAGAGGAACAGCGAGGUUCGACCAUGGCGCUGGUCGGCGCGUGCUUUAGCGUCGCCUUCACCUUCGGACCGGCACUCGGCGCGGGCCUGGCGAGCGUCACGACAGUGGCCGCCAACCCGUUCGCGACGGCCGCGGGGGUCAGCCUGCUUCUGAUCGUCCUGGAGACGGUGUAUUUGUACUACGCGCUUCCGGAAACGAGACCUCCCACGAAGGAGCCAGCUUCGGACUCGAAUUCCAAAUCGAGACCCGCAGGGAAAAUGCUGAAGCACACGAAUAAGCCCGCCUUGCUGAACGCUAUACAUUUCCUGUUCCUUCUGCCGUUUUCGGGACUCGAGUUCUCGCUACCGUUCCUGAUAACUUCUGUCCUGUAUCCGGAUCAUGCGUCGCCGUCGAAACUCAAUGGACGCCUGUUGGGCUUCGUCGGGCUGAUUGCCUCCCUGCUUCAGGGGUCGAUUGUUCGACGGUUGCCGCCAUUGACCGUGGUCCGGGUGGGCGUGGUAUCGUGUACCCUUGCUUUCUUCCUGCUGGCCAGGGUGCAGAGUACAACAGGCUUGUACGGUGCUGGCGCUUUACUUGCUGUUACCUCGGCCACGGUUGUCACGGGGUUGAACAGUCUGGGUAGUUUCGAAGCGAAGGAGAGUAAUCGAGGAGAAGUCCUCGGGUCUUUGAGAAGUUGGGGACAGUUUGGAAGAGCGCUUGGGCCGAUCGUGUUUUGUAGUUUGUUCUGGUUGGCAGGGCGGCAGACUGCGUACACUGUGGGCGGAUGUUGUAUGCUCGGUGUGACGACAACACUGUUUACGUUGUUGAAGUCGCCGAGUAUCAAGCGGGAAAAGACAUGAUCAUUUUGGCUGUUUAGAUACGUGGACAGAACAGACUACUGGCAGAUGUACAAUGCCAACUACCUUAGGUCUAGAGGUUUCGUUGAUGGGCUAGUUCGACCCUUUUUAUGUCCUUU